UUCAAGCUAAACCAUCGAGCAAGAAUGGCAGAUGAAUCAUCGCCGGAGCUCACCGUCGAGAACGUCGGACCGGCGAUGAAUCCGGCGGGGAUCCUCUGGGGACGAAGAGCAUGGGAGCUGCUUUCUCUGGUGCGAGCUCGAUCUCCUCUAGUUCAGUGCAUCACCAACUUCGUUUCCAUGGACCUCGUCGCCAACUCCCUUCUCGCCGCCGGCGCUUCUCCGGCGAUGGUCCAUUCUAUACACGAGAUCGACGCCUUCACGCCACGUUGCGACGCUAUCUACGUCAACAUUGGAACUCUCUCGGAAUCCUGGCUUCCAUCCAUGCGCGCUGCCGCUUCGGCAGCGGUCAAUGCGAGCCGGCCUUGGAUCCUCGAUCCUGUUGCUGUCUCGGCCUCCGAUUUCCGCAUGGAUGCCUGCUUGGGCCUCGUCGCCCUCCGUCCUGCCGUCAUCCGCGGGAACCCCUCCGAGAUUCUCGCCCUUUCCUCAGCCUGUAGGUUUUCUGAUUCCAAGGGAGUAGAUAGCUCGCACGAGUCCACUGAUGCGGUGGAAGCUGCGAUGUCCUUGGCACGAACAAGCAAUGCUAUUGUUGCUGUAUCCGGAGCUAUUGACUAUGUGACUGAUGGACAGCGGGUGGUAGGCGCUCAAAACGGUGUCCCUAUGCUGCAGAAGAUCACAGCGACAGGAUGUGCAGUCACUGCUCUCAUUGCCGCCUUUGUUGCUGUUGAUCCAUCAAAUCCUUUUGAAGCAACUGUUUGCGCACUUUCCAUCUUUGGCCUAGCAGGGGAGAUGGGGAUGGACUUUGCUCGAGGACCUGCUUCACUUCGAAUGACCCUGAUAGAUUCACUUCACGGGCUCGAUGAGCAAAAUGUUGUAUCUCGUGUCAUUGUUUCCCCAAUGCCAUGAUAGCUACACGCCGGCAGCUAUGUCUUUGGCAAGACAGAGGACAGUGCCACCUGCAAAGCAGCCUUGUUGGUAUAGAGCAUGAAGCAGUUGAUGUCGUGGUGGAGGGAGAGGAUCGUUUGGUGAGGCGGUAGUGAGCUCCCGACAUGUCGGUGCAGAAGAUGAGGUGGGGGAUGAUUGACUUUGGAAGGCCACAUUCCUUGAUGGCUUGGAGGAUUGCUCGCUUGGCGAACCUUAGGGAUUCAAGUAAGGGCUAUCUCUUGCCAAAGGUCAAAGAUGGAGCCAUGAAGGCACAGAGAUUAGGGUUCUUCUUCACUGUGUCCUCUGUGUAGUGUAUGUAUCUCUUGUUGAUCAUGGACUUGUCGCUUACGUGCAUGGAAUUGCAUGGGAGUUAACAGUGUGUUUGUCUUUCUUGGCGUUGCAUGGCAACACUGGUUCAGAAGAUUUUUGGAGAUUUGAACUUAUUAUUUAUUUUAUUAAAAGUCCAUCUUUUUGC